GCAGCAGCAGGCGCUAGGAGCCGGGCGGGGAGGGGCGGAGCCCGUCCCGCGCAUGCGCGUUAGCUUUCUUAUCGCCUCCCCGCGCUCUGCUCUGCCCAGACGGAGUCGAGUCUCGCCUCGUGCAGUCGCUUCUCCCGACGCUCCUGCCGCCUUCGCCCCCUGGGCUCCCCCACGGCCCGCCCGCCCGCUCCCAGCCGGCGCCUCCCGAGGGGCCGGACCCGUGCCAGCCUCGAGCCACCAGCGCAGGCUGUCCUAGAGCCGGGAGUCGGAACCUCGGAGCAGACCACCGCGCCUGGGGGUGGCGCCCCACCAGACCCCCCACCCCGGGGUGGGGGGGAGGGCUCCCCGGAGGAGGAGGAAGAGGAGGACCCCGGCCAGAGGAUGUGAAUCGCGCUCAGAGCCAGGUCGGGUUCGUCGAGGCCGGGGCCGGGGCAGCCCCUGGCCGGCGGGCACUGAGCGACCCUCCCCCAGCCCCGCGCCCUCUAGCAUGCCCGGCAGCGCCCACCGCUGCAUGAUGGAGGACCUCACGGCGGAGGUGCAGGCCCUGCGCGCCCAGCUGCUGCAGCAGAGCGAGGAGAACAGCAGCCUGCAGAGCCAGCUGCUGCAGCUGUCCGAGGAGAACGCCAGCCUGCGCGGGCAGCUGCAGGCCGGCCCCGGGCCGUCGGGCGCGCCGCGCGGCAAGUGCCCGGUGGGGCUCCCCGAGAAGUUCGACGGCACCCCCGAGAUGCUGCCCAGCUUCCUGGCGCAGAGCCGCCUCUACAUGGAGCUGCGGCCCGAGGACUUCCCCAGCGAGCACGUGCGCGUCUGCUUCCUGGCCAGCCUGCUGAAGGGGCGGGCCGCGCGCUGGGCCACGCCCUACCUGCUCGAGUCCAGCCCCCUCCUGCACAACUACGAGGCCUUCCUGGACGAGCUCAAGCAGGCCUUCGAGGACCCGCAGCGCAAGGAGGCGGCCAACCGCAAGAUCCGGCGCCUGCGCCAGGGCCCCGGCUCCGUGCUGGACUACGCCAGCGCCUUCCGCCUGUGCGCGCAGGACCUGGACUGGAACGAGCCGGCCUUCAUCGACCAGUUCCUGGAGGGCCUCAGCGACCCCAUCCAGGACGAGCUGGCGCGCGUCGAGCUGGCGCGCUCGCUGCCCGCCCUCAUCAGCCAGUGCCUGCGCAUCGAGGGCCGCCUGAGCGCGCGCCGCGCAGGCGCCGCCCCGCCCUCCCCCGAGGCCGGCCCGCCCCCGGCCCGGCCCCAGCUCACGGCCGAGGAGAGGGAGCGCCGCCUCCGGCUCAACCUGUGCAUGUACUGCGGCCUGGCCGGCCACUACGUGGACAGCUGCCCGUCCAAGAAGCCCAUGCCCCGGGGUGGGAAACUGCCCGGCCCCGCUGUAGAGGGACCCCCAGCGCCCGGGCCGGAAACAGAAAGGUCCCCCCCAGAUGACGCGUCAUCUUCGCACCUGCAGCUGCUGCUGACGCUGCACCUGCCGGACGGCUCGUACUGCGCCGUGCGCGCCAUGAUCGACUCCGGCGCCUCCGGCAACUUCAUCGACCAGGACUACGUGGCGCAGACGGGCAUCCCCGUCCAGAUCAAGUACUGGCCGGUGCUGGUGGAGGCCAUCGACGGGCGGCCGCUGGCCUCGGGCCCCGUCACACAGGAGACGCCCGAGCUGCUGGUGGACAUCGGCGAGCACCGCGAGCGGCUCUCCUUCGACGUCACGCAGUCGCCCUUCUUCCCGGUGGUGCUGGGCGUGCGCUGGCUCGCCCAGCACAACCCCUCCAUCGUGUGGAGCUCGCGCACCAUCGUCUUCGACUCGGACUACUGCCAGCGGCACUGCCGCGCCGCCCCCCGCCCGCCCGAGCUGCCCCCGCCCCCGCCGGCCCCGCCCCCGGCGCCCUGCGCCGCGCCCUGCGGCUGCCCCUGCGCCGCCGCCGCCGACCCCGAGCUCCUGGCCGUGCGGGACUUCCUGGCCAAGAACACCAAGUGGCUGUGCUGCGCCGCCGCAGCGCCCGUCGUGCUCCUGAAGAGGGUGGGCGAGCUCUACCUGGGAGACGGCCCCGGGGCCGUGGCCGUGUGGAGCCAGUGCCCACCGCCCGCCGCGCCCUUCGUGCUCUACCAGCUACAGGCGGCGCCCAUCUACCGCAGCCACUCGCCGGCCGGCUACACCACCUGGUCGGUGCUGGGCCGCGAGGCGGGCGGCAAGCUGUGCCUCAUCCCCUUCCUGGUCACGGCCCACCCGCGCUGAGGUGGCCGGCGCGCCCGGCCCGGCCUGUUGCCAAACCCAGACUCCGCACCAGCCCCCCACCACAGCACCAGCAGCCCGGCUGGUCCCUCGAUCGGCGCGUCCGGCGCCGCCGUGCUCAGCCCGUCCAGGGCUCUGAGAUCAAUCCGGCCUCUCGGAGGGAGGCCUGUGAAAACCCACCAUCCUGUACAGAAGAUUGUGGGGCGCGAGACCCCCGCUGGCCCCCCUGUACACUACUGCCAGCGCCGGGUCCCCCUCGCCCCCCCCCUCGUCUCCCUCUUCCCGGGAUCCUGCCUUAGUCUUUCUGGUCGUCCGGACCGGAAUCCUGUUCUGUGCCCCUCCCCCAGACCGAGCCCCGCCCCCACAGGCCUCGGGGACCCCUGGGCCCCCUCGGAGCCUCCUUCGUGAACACCCGCUUGGCAGGAGGGAGGAUGGAGCUGCCCCCUCUGGAGGAACUCCCAUGGAGGCUGGACAAAUGCUUGGUGGGGCUUCUCUUAAGGGGACUCAUUUGAGACUGGGCUGGACUUGUUGGCCCUUUUUCACCUUUACGGUUCUGUGCUGCUUGACUGCGUGAAAACGGCCCCCCGAGAACCCCCCCCCUGGCUCCCAGCCAUCCCCCGGCGAGCGGGCCUUCCUGCUGCCCGGCCGAGCCCCAACACCGCAGGCCUUGGGCUGUCAGGAGGUCCGGAAGCCCAUCCCAGCCCUCUGGCCCUCGUCAUCCCAUCGGCUAGCUCAUCCAGGCCAGGAGAGCAGGGAAAUGAAUUCCCAGCCCCGCUUUGCCCCGAGACCCCCCCCCUUCGUCAGUGGCCUUUGCAACUUCCGCUAGGGCCCCCCCCCAGAUCAAAGUUGUGUCCAUUCCAGAGCCUUUAGUAAGAAUUCCAGAGCCAGGAGACGCUGUGUGGGCCGGCCACCCCGCAGCGCUCCCAACCAGCGUCCCCAAAUCGUCCUCGGCUACUCCCCCAGUGUCCUCGACAGUGCCCUUAGCUGUUCUCAGCCCUCUGAGAAUCCUGACCAAUCCCGGACCAGCCAAGCCCGGGCGGCGCGUCGUCGUCGUCGUCGUCGUCGUCGUCGUCGUCCAGAGCUCGGAAGGGUGAACGGAGGAGCAUCGGGACCCAAACACCAGAAUCCCAGCGCCCGACCACCCCCUUCCAGUCCACAAAGGCCAUCCCUUCGCCCGCCCAGGCUCCACCCUUUGCUCCAGAGCCUAGAUCCAAUGAUCUGCUGUCCAGUGAAGAUGCUUUCUCUCUUCUUCCCUGCUUCUCUCCCCUUCUCCCACUUUCCCCUCCCUUCCCUUCCUUCUUCCCCUCCUUCCGUCCCUUCUUCCCUUCUCUUCCUCCUUACCUCCCUCCUUUCCUCCUCCUCUCUCCUCCCCUUCCUCUCUUCUUCCUUCCCUUCCUCCCUCCCCUUUUUCUUUCCCUGCUUUCCUUCCAACCUCCCUUCUUCCUCUUUCCCUCCCUCCCCUUCCCCCUUCCUCUCUUUUUUUCCUCUCCUUCCCUCCACCCUCCUGUUCUCCCUCCCUCCCUCUCCUCCUCUUCCCUCCUUUUCCUCUUUCCUUCCUCCCUCUUUCCCUUCCCUCCUUCCCUCUCUCCUUCCUCCCUCCCUUCCCUUCCUUCUUCCUUCCUUCCUCCCUUCCUUCCCUUCCUUCUUCCCUUCUCUUCCUCCUUACCUCCUCCUCUCUCCUCCCCUUCCUCUCUUCUUCCUUCCCUCCCUCCCUCCCCUUUUUCCUCCCUGCUUUCCUUCCAACCUCCCUUCUUCCUUUUUCCCUCCCUCCCCUUCCCCUUCCUCUCUUUUUUCCUCUCUCUCCCUCCCUCCCUCUCCUCUUCCCUUCCUCUUUCCUCCCUCCCUCUCUCCUUCCCUCCUCCCCCUCCCCCCUCUGUAUACCUUCCCUCCAAACCGGAGCUUCUUCCCAAUCCGGCUCUUGGGGCCCCAGAAGCGAGGUGAGCCCCCUCUCCCGACUGGCUUGAGUCUCUGUCUCAUCUCCAGGUCACACGCAUCCCAGUCUGGCCCACCCAUUGCCCAGGGAGCCCCCGGACGUAGAAGGCGGAGCCGUCCUGGGCGCCACCAUCCCCAGAGGAGGGGCUCCGCAGCAGCAGCAGCAGCAGCAGGAGGAGGAGGAGGAGGAGCCCCGGGCCACGAAGCACCUGUGGCCUGGGAACACGCUCAUUCCGAGGUGCUCAUGCGCAUUCGGUCGUGCCUUUACGCCCCAUCGGGGAGCGCGCAGACCCACGUCCUCUGGCUGUCCUCAGCCAGAGGUCUCCGGCCAGGGGCUGGGCUGGCCUCGGCUCGACGAGGCCACAUGCGUGACUCUGUGUGACCACUGCAAGACGCGGCGGCCGGGCCCGCCCUUCGCCUGAGUGACACGCACUGGGCGUGCGUCACCAGCCCCGGCCCAGUGGCUCGCCGCUAUUAUAUUCCUGAUUGUUGGGUGCUCUACCACACUCGAGACUCGUUCGAGAUUCUACGGUGCGAGGAUGGGGGCCGCGCUGCCCGCGCCCCCCUCCUGCCAGCACGUCCUGCUAUCAAUAUCCCGCUCCACCCGGUCCGUGUGAGCCACCAAAGGAGUCGUGGGAGGGGGGCAUCCCAGGACCGGGACGAGGACCUUCCCCGAGGCUCACCCGCCCCCUGUGUGGCGGUCCGGCCGGCGGCCCCCCCCCGGCCCAUCCGGCUGCCCCCCCAGCCAAGGGCCGCCGGCCCCUCGCCCAAGCGCGUCCCUUGCUCACGAUCUCCCCCCUCGGGAGAGUUCAGAGACUGCACCCCAGCAGCCCACAGGCUCUCCGGGGGCCACGCCCACCAGCUUGUCUUAGGCUGACUAGGAAGGGAAGGUCUGGGCGAGCCCCGGGCCCUGCGCCGUGACGGGACGCCCCAGGGCCCCGCCGGGCCACUUUGGCCUGCUCUCUCGAAUCAGUCGCCUCCCAAGUGCUCAAUGUUGCUGGACCCUCCCUGGCUCCUGCGUGGACCCUGCCGGCUGCGCUGUGGCUGCCCCGAGCCCUCCUUCCUCCGUCCAGCAAACAGAGCAGAGACAGGCCCAGGGACGCGAUUUGGCGCCCACUCAAAGUCUACGAUUGCCAAAACUCUGCCCUGCAGAACAUUCGUGUGUCGCCAACUGCCUACCGCGAAGAACCGACGAGCGAGCGAAAUGCCGACGGAGCUGUCCACGCUCGGUCGGGCCACGACUUCACUCUUCGGAAACAUUGUCCCACGCUCUCUCUGCGUGCCUCCUCAGUGCUGCAUGUCCGGUGUGUAAUCCGUGUUGGUCGUGUUGUUGUUCCUGUCUGUGAAACAGCUGCCCCGCCCCCCUCUCCCCACCGCCACUGAUUCCAUUCUCCAUGUCGGAGAGUUAGCCGAGUCGCGUGUGUCACGGGUGUGUCUCGAUAUGGUGACCGUCGUCUGUUGUCCGAGUGUCCGCGUGGUAGCGAUUGUGCUCGUGUCGGGUUGGCGGCCUCCGAGGUGUGUCCAGGGGAGUCGAUGUUCGUAGUGAAUCGUAUCUCAGCAGUGAAACAGCCAGCAGUGGAGUCCUUGAUGGGGAACAGAACCGCCAGAGGAGCGUCGAUCGGGAUUCAAGAUGGCACGAAGAAGCGUGUCCUCCCUCGGACGCCGGCCAGAGGAGUGUGCCCGGGUGGAUGCCGGGCGCCGAGGGAGCAUGCAAAGGCACGCUCAGUCAUCUCCCAGAAGAGAGAGGGGUUCGGCAGGGGCCUGACCCCGUGUGCACCCCAUCUCUGUGGUGCGAGGAACUUCCUGUGACCCACGACCAUUAAUUAGACUGCUCCCACCAUGCCCUGUGAUGUUGAACCAGGUGCAAGUUGGAACUGGAUCAUCCUGGCUUUUUGUGUUGGAGCCACUGAAGAAGCUUGUGAGGGGUGGAGAGGAAGAAGAGAAGGAGCUUCCCCAGAGGUUCAGGGACGGAAUUCAUGAUGAGAUGGCUGUUCAGUCUGUUGGACCACGGGCUACUCUCCUCUCUGAAUCCUAUUUCUUUGGUGGAAUCAAAAAGCUUGUUAGUCAUUGAAAUAAAUGUUAAGUGAUUAUGUUUAAAAAAAGUAAUAUAUAUAUGUUCGUGUUCCGAAAUAAACUUCCAAAAGCUGUACCA